AUGGAAGACUCUUAUUUCCUCCAUGAAUUGAAGAAGAAAGCUUGUUUCUUCCUCAAAGAACAUGUCAAAAUCGUUCGUUUGGCUCUAACUGAUGUUACUCAUGCACAAUUGUUAACAGAAGAAGCGAUAAGUGGGAAUCCAUGGCCACCGGAUUCGCCGAGCAUGAGAGAGAUAACGAAGGCAAGUUUUGAAGUUGAUGAGUUUUACAGAAUUGUGGAGAUUCUUCACAAGAGACUGGAGAGAUUUGAGGCAAGGCAAUGGAGAGCAUCGUAUAAUGCAGUGAUAUUGGUAGAACAUGCUCUAACACAUGGCCCAUACAGCUUUGCAAAGGAAUUUGCAAACGAUAGGGCUGUUUUGAGGGAGAUGGAGGGAUUCCACUUUGUUGAUGACAAAGGAUUCAACUGGGGAGAGAGUGUGAGAAAAUUAAGUGCCAGAGUUCUCAAACUUCUGGAAGAGGAAGAUUUUCUAAUACAGGAGAGGAUCAAAGCUCGUAACCUUACACGUGGAAUCCAAGGAUUCGGAAGCUUCAGCCGCCGGUCGUCUCCGACGAAGGAUGAAUCACAUUCCAACAGAUUUAAUCGGAAGCAACACGAGUCUGAGUAUAAUGGAACUAGAAAUCUCUCCUUAAUAGAGACGAGACAAGGGAGCGGGGAUUGGAAAGGAGUCAGAAAAUGGGAGGAGGCUGCUGAUUGGGAGGAAGUUUCCCAAUCUCUGAUUUCUUCUGUAUUAUAA